AUGAGUCUCCUGGAGAAGAUUCAAGCACGUCGUAGGUGCUUACGGACUUGUGAUACCCUCGUCACGUACCCCGAUGGAUCACAGGUCAUUGAACGAGCCACCGAAGUUAUCCCAAUGCAAAAUUCAACAUAUGGCUUUGUUGUGGACACGAAACCCGAUCCGGAAGCUGCUGAAAUUCUUCCUGGGAAGCUCUUUCUUGGCUCCCAGGAUGCCGUGGAUGUGGAACGUCUCCUGCGCCUUGGUGUGACGCAUGUCCUCAGUGUUGGCAUUGAAUGCCCCAUACUUCUGCCGCCAUCAAUUGAAAAGCAUCACAUUGCAUGCCUAGACGUUCCGGAAUAUCCCCUCUAUCAGCUAGUCCGGGAAGCGAGGGUAUUCAUCAAUGUGGCACGUGAGACGGGAAGUGUCCUUGUGCAUUGCAAUGCUGGAAUUUCCAGAUCUGUCGCCAUUGUUGUGGGAUACUUAAUUCUUGAAGAGAAAAUCCCACUAGCCGAAGCCAUGGAGAUGGUUCGAAGGAAGCGACCAGGUGCAAAGCCCAAUGAUGGAUUUAUGAAGCAACUUCAGGAGCUUGCGGACAAAGUUUUGGGGCCAAAAACGUAGAAAGUGUAGUGUUGAUGACGGCAGAGUAGUGGACUGUAUUUGCUAUAAGCUAUAUAUUUUAGUCAAUUGGGGGAGAAUAAACGGUCGGGCAAUUAUAUCUAAAACUAUCCUAA